AGCGGGCGGGGCGGGCACCUGUUCCCAUGGACUCCACCGCUUGCUUGAAGUCUCUGCUCUUGACCAUCAGUCAGUACAAAGCCGUUAAGUCAGAGGCGAACGCCACGCAGCUUCUGCGGCACUUGGAGGUAAUUUCUGGACAAAAGCUGACACGACUAUUUUCAUCUAAUCAGAUACUACCAAGUAAAUGCCUGAGUUGCCUUGUAGAACUGCUUGAAGACCCAAACAUAAGUGCUUCGUUGAUCUUAAGUGUUAUCAAUUUGUUGUCUCAACUAGCUAUAGACAAUGAAACCAGAGACUGUCUUCAAAAUACGUACAACCUAAACAGUGUGCUGGCAGGAGUGGUUUGUCGCAGCAGUGCUUGCCAUAGUGAUUCAGUAUUUUUGCAGUGCAUUCAGCUUCUACAGAAGUUAACAUAUAAUGUCAAAAUUUUCCAUUCUGGUGCCAAUAUAGAUGAACUGAUUACCUUCCUGAUAGAUCACAUUCAAUCUUCUGAAGAUGAGUUAACUAUGCCUUGUCUAGGAUUAUUGGCAAAUCUUUGUCGGCAAAAUCUUUCUGUCCAAACACAUAUAAAGACUUUGAGUAAUGUGAAAAGCUUUUAUCGAACUCUUAUAGCCUUCCUGGCCCAUAGCAGUUUAACUGUGGUUGUGUUUGCACUUUCAAUACUGUCAAGUUUGACAUUAAAUGAAGAAGUAGGGGAAAAGCUAUUCCAUGCACGAAACAUUCAUCAGACUUUUCAACUAAUAUUUAAUAUUCUCAUAAAUGGUGAUGGUACCCUGACACGAAAGUAUUCAGUGGACUUACUGAUGGAUCUCCUUAAGAAUCCUAAAAUUGCUGAUUAUCUUACCAGGUAUGAGCAUUUCUCUUCAUGUCUUAAUCAAGUGUUAGGUCUUCUUAAUGGGAAGGAUCCUGAUUCUUCUUCAAAGGUUUUAGAAUUACUUCUUGCCUUCUGUUCAGUGACUCAGCUGCGCCAUGUGCUCACUCAGAUGAUGUUUGAAGAGUCUCCAUCUGGCAGCGCUGUUCUGGGAAGCCGUUCUAAGUGCCUAGAGCCUACUGUGGCUCUGCUUCGGUGGUUAAGCCUACCUUUGGAUGGAUCAGAAAACUGUUCUGUGUUAGCAUUGGAGUUGUUCAAGGAAAUAUUCGAGGAUGCCAUAGAUACUUCUAACUGUUCCUCACCUGACCGAUUUGUGAGCCUUCUGCUGCCCACAAUUCUUGAUCUGUUGCAGUUUACAGAACAGAAUCUGGAUGAGGCCUUAAUAAGAAAAAAAUGUGAAAGGAUGGUCAAAGCCCUUGAAGUUUUGUUAACUCUGUGUGGAGAUGAUACUCUGAAAAUGCACAUUGCAAAAGUCCUGACUACUCUCAAGUGUACCACUCUGAUAGAGCAGCAGUUUACAUAUGGCAAGAUUGAUCUGGGGUUUGGAACAAAGGUAGCAGACUCUGAAUUAUGCAAACUUGCUGCUGAUGUCAUUUUGAAAACUCUUGAUUUAAUGAACAAACUUAAACAGUUGGUUCCUGGUAUGGAAGUAAGUUUCUACAAAAUCCUUCAGGAUCCACGUUUGAUUACUCCUUUGGCUUUUGCUUUAACAUCAGAGAACAGAGAACAAGUACAGUCUGGUUUGGGAAUAUUAUUGGAAGCCGCGCCGCUGCCCGAUUUUCCUGCUUUAGUACUUGGAGAAAGUAUAGCAGCAAACAAUGCAUAUAGACAACAGGAAACAGAACAUAUGCCCAGGAGGCUACCUUUUCAAUCAUUAAAUCACAGUUUCCCAACAACAGUAAAGUGUUUAACUCCUCCCCUGUUGAAAGAUAAUGUUCCUGGAUUGAACAUUGAGGAGCUAAUAGAAAAACUUCAGUCUGGGGUGACGGUAAAGGAUCAGAUUAAUGAUGGGAGAAUAUCUGACAUAAUGGAUGUGUAUGAGAUGAAAAUAUCCACAUUAGCUUCCAAAGAAAGCAGGUUACAAGAUCUCUUGGAAGCAAAAGCUCUAGCUCUUGCACAAGCUGAUAGACUGAUUGCACAGUAUCGCUGCCAAAGAACUCAAGCUGAGACAGAGGCACGGACACUUGCUGGUAUGUUGAGAGAAGUUGAGAGAAAAAAUGAAGAGCUUGGUGUGUUGCUAAAGUCACAACAGCUUGAGUCAGAAAGAGCCCAGAGUGAUAUUGAGCAUCUCUUUCAACAUAAUAGGAAGUUAGAGUCUGUGGCUGAAGAGCAUGAAGUACUGACAAAAUCCUACACGGAACUUCUUCAGAGAACUGAAGAAACUGAAAAAAAGAAUAAAGACCUGCAGAUCACAUGUGAUUCUUUGAAUAAACAAGUUGAAACAGUGAAAAAAUUGAAUGAAUCACUCAAACAACAGAAUGAAAAAACUAUUGCCCAAUUAAUAGAGAAAGAAGAACAGAGAAAAGAAGUCCAGAACCAAUUAGUUGACAGAGAAUGUAAAUUAGCAAAUUUGCAUCAAAAAGCAAAAGUACAAGACGAAAAGAUUAAAGUCUUACAAAAGGAAAGAGAAGAUAAGGAAGAAACCAUCAAUAUCCUUAGAAAGGAAUUAAGUAGAACAGAACAGAUGAGAAAGGAGUUGAGCAUUAAGGCUUCAUCCUUAGAGGUUCAGAAGACCCAGUUAGAAGGUCGUUUGGAAGAGAAAGAGUCUUUGGUGAAACUUCAGCAAGAGGAGUUGAAUAAACACUCUCACAUGAUAGCAAUGAUUCACAGUUUAAGUGGUGGAAAAAUAAGUCCAGAGACUGUGAAUCUUAGUAUAUAAACAUUAUAACGUUGUGAAGUUUGUGAUAUAGUGUUAUUUUUGACAUAUUUAUGUAUUUGAGGGGGGUGGUUAAGGGAGGUAAUCUGUGACUGCAAACCAAGUGGAAAUUAUCUCAUUAUUAAUUUAGUAAAGAUCCUAAUUUUAUGCAUGUUUUAUUUGGUCAUUUGACUAGAAAUUCUUUUUAAAGUUUCAUUUGCUGUUUUUAGCUUUUAUUGCUUGAAGCUUUCUUGGGUCUUAGAUUAGAAUAUCCUUCCUAAGAAAUCUGUAUUGUCUUUUUAAAGUUCUAUUUUCUUUUGCUUACCUAAUUUAUUCUCAUUUGUCAUUACAGUCAUGGGUUGCUAAACGAGAAGGAUGUGUCUUGAUACACGGUUAUGUUUGAUAAAUACAUCAUUAAGUAAAUAUACUUACACAGACUAAGAGGACUGUGACAUUGCUGGGUAAUACCAUCCUGUGGAACCGCCAGGAUGAAAGGACUCUGAGUGACCACAGUGUCUUUGCAUAGAGCACAGGACUGUUUAGUUUUAAAAUUAAACCACCUUGAUACAACCAUCUUAAAGAUCACUGAAUUGAAAAUAUAUCUGUUAGUAGAGAUGAUAUGAUGCUAAUACCGAAGUUUAUCUGUAAAAUAGCAUGAAAGAAAAUAUCAGUGAAUAUAAAAUGAAGUGAGUUCUAAAUUGAAAAAAAUGUGAAUGGUAAUCAGAAUGUAUUAAAAUUAGGAGAUGGCUUUUUUUCAAAAGAUUACAUUGUGUCAUAAACUACUUGAGGAAUUAUUUGUAAGAUAUCUUCAGUUUGUAUUAUCUGUUUUUGAAAUGCCACUUGUUCUAACCAUAUUACUUUCAAUUACGAAUUCCUUAUGAUUGUUACAUAGGGUAAUUUGGAUGCUGUCCUUGCUAUACAGUUAGAACUGUAUUUGUUGUUAAUUGUAAUGAUGUACACUUCAUUUAUAGUUUUUAAUUGGGCCAUUUCAUUUUAAAGCAUAGAUUAAAUAUGCAUGCAUUUCUUUUGUACAAGUGAGUUAUUCAGUACAAAAGCACUUUUGAAUUGAUUGUUCUAAAUGUGCUUUACAAAAGUUUUCAUAUCAGUUAUUUGGAUUGAUUUUAUUGAUACAUUUUUACAGCUGUUAAUUUAUGUGCUGCUUUCUCUGCUGUAUCUAUUUGAUUUAGGUAAAUGUAGCUGUAAUUUAUGUUUAGAAAUUAAAACAAAAUGUAUUUUGCUAA